AUGGGGUCCAGCCGUGUGCUCCUCGCGCUGCGCCUCUGCUCGGCGGCAUGCGUCGUCAUGGUGCUGACCUCGGGCUACAUCCUAUUCCAGAGCCCCGUGUUCAUCGAGGUCGCGGAGCCGUUCCCCAUACCAACCCCCAUACCGGCAGAGGGCAUCGAGAGGAACGCGCACAAGAACCUCGGCUCCGGCUCUACCAAGUACUACUCGGAACCGGGGGGCAGCUACGAGCUUAUGCACUACGACACGCGGUACUUCCAGAAGGAACUGGCGGCCGACGAGCGGCGCACCGUCCUGGAGGACCUCAUCCGGAGCUACCUCAACGUCACGAACCACUACGAGAUCGAGACGUGGCUGGCCCACGGCACGCUCAUGGGCUGGUGGUGGGGAGGCCGCAUCAUGCCCUGGGACUCCGACAUUGACGUGCAGCUCUCCUUCGAGACGCUGGACAGCAUCGCCCCGGAGCUCAACUUCACCGAGUUCCGCUACGAGAUGCGCCACGCCGACGGCCAGCUCGUCUCCAAGUCGUACCUGCUCGACAUCAACCCCUACUACGGCGAGGUUGGCGUCGGCGACGGCAACAACGUCAUCGACGCCCGCUGGAUCGACACCCACAGCGGCAUGUUCGUCGACAUUACCGCCGUGCGGCGGCGGGACGACUCGGGGAAAUGGAGCUGCAAGGACAGGCACACGUACGAGGGGGCGGAGCUGUGGCCGCUGAUCGAGUCGGAGUUUGAGGGCGUCGCGGCCUUGGUUCCCGCCAAGCCGACGGCGCUUCUGCGCGCCGAGUACGGGCAGGAGAGUACGCAGAGGGAGGAAUUCAUGGGACACCACUGGGACCAUUCUAACAAGUCGUGGGUGCAUGACCCGUGA